AUGGUUUUCCUUAACAAAACUGGCGUGGACUUGAAGCGACACAUUCGAAGUCUCCAAGGCGACAUGGUGGUACUGGAUGAUACUCAAGUGGAGACAAUCUACUCGGACUUCGCUUCACUAUUGAACACAGAGCUGGAACUGCAGGAAUUCCUGAGCUUUUUGCCAGUGCUACGCGGUGGUUUGCAGACGAUAGCGCAGGGCAUAUUCCACCCGUCCAUUAGCGUCAAGCACAACACUGUGGUGCUACUCAAGCGUCUGGAGCAGUUCCCGUCAACCGUAUCGAGUAUGCAGCGCCUUAAUCCGUUCCUGCUCAUGUCGUACCAGCGGAUUCACGACAUUGUCAACCCGGAUAAAAGAGACUAA